CAGAAGCUUAGUUGAUGUGCAGCAUGAUUCGUAGCAGUUACGUUAGCCGUGAAGUGAAAUUUUUUAUUAGGUACUACAAUAUUCUAUCGUCAGCUGAAUCGAAAGUCCUAGACAGGAUAUAGAUAGCAAGAUCGCUCAGAAUAUCUUCGAUUGAUAGGAAUAUCCCAUUCAAUGUUAUAUUAUUUUGUAUGUACUGAGAGAUAUUUUAGCCUGUGAGACCUUUUGUUUUUUGGAACUAUAAACAAUUUUAAAGAAAACAAUGGUUGGACUGAAAUGUCUCAUGUUGUGUUUAACGUUUUCGUUGGUGUCUUCGUUUUCAAGAAGCAAACAGGUGCCUCCAACAGCUCGUGUCGACGAGGGUCGGAAUGUCGGUUACCCGUCGAUUCUCACAGACUUCAUUCUAGCAAACAAACUAGAGGAAGGAAGAAAAAACUGUUCUGUUCAGGGCAUAAAAGCAAAAGUUAAAAGCUAUUCGGGAUUUUUCAGAGUUCGGUCUGACAAACAAAUGGAAUCGAACAUGUUUUUCUGGUAUUUCCCUGCAGAAACAAAGCCCGAAUCUGCUCCAGUAGUUUUGUGGCUGCAAGGUGGGCCUGGUGCUUCGUCAUUGUUUGGACUGUUUCAAGAGAUUGGUCCCUUUUCGGCGAGAAAUAAGGGAUUGAAGAUGAGGGAAUAUUAUUGGUCGAAAUCUGUUCAUCUUCUAUUCUUGGAUAACCCAGUGGGAGCCGGCUUCAGCUUCACCACUGCAGAGGUUGGCUAUGCGAGGAACCAAUCGGAUGUGGCCAGAGACGCACACAACGCACUCUUACAAUUCUUCACCUUAUUUCCGGAUCUGCAGGCACGUGAUUUCUUCAUUAGUGGCGAAUCUUAUGCUGGUAAGUUUGUGCCCGCUAUUGCAAUGAAAAUCGACAAAAGCAAACAGGGCCUGAAGAUAAAUCUAAAAGGUAUAACAAUUGGUAACGGAUUUUGUGAUCCUGUGAACAUGAUGCAGUACAGCGAUUAUCUGUAUCAGAUCGGUCUUCUUGACAUCAAGGGCAAAAAUACAUUCAGUGAUCGAGAAAAAGAAAUUACUGAUUUAAUAAAAAAGAAUAGCUAUACUGAAGCAUACAACAAGUUCAACACAAUUCUGAAUGGAGAUGGUUUGAGUAAAACACUUUUCACCAAUUUAACACAUUCUGUUAACUACUUUGACUACAGAAACUUCACAAGCGAUAGUACACAAGACAAUUAUUUGAUUAAGUACAUUGACAGUGACGUCGCUAGGCGAUUCAUUCAUGUAGGCGAUAAAACUUUCAAUUUGGUGAAUAUCAAAGUAGAACAAUAUCUUCAAAAUGAUUUUAUGAAAUCUGUGAGGCCUGAUAUUGAGUAUUUAUUGUCAAAAUACAAAGUGCUAAUUUAUAAUGGCCAGUUUGAUAUAAUAGUCGCUUAUCCACUAACCGAAAAUUUUGUGAGAAAUUUACAAUGGAGUGGAGCCGCUCAGUUCAAAGCCGCCGAAAGGCGACCAUUGCUAUUUGGAGGAGAAAUUGCUGGCUAUUAUAAAAAUGUGAAAAAUUUGUACCAAGUGAUGGUGAGGAAUGCUGGUCACAUGGUUCCCAUGGAUCAACCUCGCAAUGCGUUGAACCUUAUUACACGAUUUGUAUUUGGUAAACCAAUAUCAGAUUAAUAAUGGGUUGGAGCUUGAUAACAGAUUACAUGUUAGAAACCAUUCAAUUCUAGAACAUUAGCCUCAUUUCUCCUUAUACUUUCCUUUAUUAUAUUAUAGAUUAUUCUCAGA